GGCAGAGGGCGCAGGGUCUGGACGGGACCGGGCGCGGGACCGGGCGCGCCAUGGGCGGGUGGCGGGACAUGUCCGCCGAGGCGCUGGAGGACCAGUACUCCCCCAGCCGCUGGUCCCCCCGCCUCGACCGGGACACCAUCAUCGACGCCCACCUCGCGGUGACGGCGGCAGGAACCGAGCGGGCCCGGGCCAGCGCCCAGACCUCGCUGCACGUCCCCUAUGGCAAAGGGGACGGGGAGAAGCUGGACAUCUAUUUCCCCACGGACCAUUCUGGGACCUUCCCGGUCCUGGUCUACAUCCAUGGCGGAUACUGGCAGUGCCUGAGUAAGGACGAGUCGGGGUUUGCAGCCCCCCCGCUGGUGUCGCAGGGGGUGGCGGUGGUGGCGGUGGGGUACGACACAGCCCCCCGAGGCCACAUGGACACUAUGGUUCUGCAGGUGCGCCGCAGCCUUGCCUUCCUGGUGGAACAGUACCCUGAGAUCAGAGGCAUUUACCUGUGUGGGCACUCGGCAGGGGCCCACCUGGCAGCCAUGGUGCUGUUCACAGACUGGACGGAAUUCCACGUGGUGCCAGAUAUCAAAGUGCCUCUGCCUUCAGGAGCAGUGCUGGUGAGCGGCGUGUACGAUCUGGAGCCCAUCCUGCACACCUAUGUGAACGAUGCUCUGAACAUGAGCCGGGAGGUGGCCCAGAGGAAUAGUCCCAUGCGACACGUUGCCCCGGCGGUGCCAGCAGCCUGUGAGGUGCUUGUGGUUGUGGCCCAGCACGACUCCCCGGAGUUUCGCAGGCAGUCGCAGGAGUACAGCCAGGCCCUGCGUGCAGCCGGCUGGUCCGUCUCCCUGCUGGAUCUGGCCGGUGUGGAUCACUUUGAUGUCAUUGAGAAGCUGUCUGAGAACAGCUACAUCCUCACUCAGGUCAUUCUGAACAUGAUUUCAAGAGCAUGAUGGCAUGUUGAGAGCAAACAGACAGGGACCAUGGCCCUGCAUGACGGCACCAGGCAGCCAGCCAGUGUUCCCCUUGCCCACUGCCUCCUUGCUCCAGCACAGGGUGGCCACUGCCUCAGACCCCCCUGGCCCCUUCUGCUCUGCCCUGCCUAGGCUGGUGCCCCUUUCCUGGGGUCUUCCUGCCUUCCUGCCUGCCGGAGCAUGAGGGGCUGAGGGCUCCAAGGCUCUGUCCAGACAACUGGUUGAUGAAGAUCAUUCCCUCAGUGUCCUUUAAACUGCAUAUUGUCAAUACAAAAUAAAACAAGAAUUACUGUU